AUGUCACAAGAAAGUUCCAAUGGUAGAGCGAUUUUUCUUUCAGACAGGGCGAGACCUUUGGCAAAUUAUCCUCAUGCCCGAGUCGCUGGAGGAUUAAUCUUUGUAUCUGGUGUAUCUUCACGAAGGCCUGAUAAUACAUAUGAAGGGGUAAAGGAGCUUCCCGGUGGAACGUUAGAACUUGAUAUUCGAGCGCAAACAAAAGCUGUAAUUGAAAACUUGGAAACAAUCCUUAAAGAAGCGGAUGCAUCAUUAAAAAAUAUUGUAGAUUUGACA